AUGGAUCCUCCCACUGAUCCGCCUCCACCAUACUCGUUCCUUCAAGUCACGUCUCGUCUCUCUACUACACCAGACCCAACAUCCCCGACCCCAAAAGAACCACACACGGAACUAGAAAUUGGUGAUGAAGCACUUAUCUACGAAGAAUGGGAAUACCGCGCUCAUCCUUGGAUAUCCAUCUGGUUACGCCGCUCUGGGACUAGAUCUCCCGACCACGUCAACGUCUCCUAUGGCAUCAACAAAGAUACAACUCGCCCUCCCUUGCACAACGAGCCAGACAUUUUCUUCACUUGCCGAUUCCAACCCAGGAGGGGAGAUGCAAAGGACAAAGACAAGAUUCAUAUGUACUGUUGUAUCGUGACGGGUUUGACGGUCCUACACCGUGAGGCUGGAGGAAUGUCUUGUGAUUGCAACUGGUGGACGUUGAAUGAUCCUUCUCAUGAGUGUAAUGUGCGCUCGUGGGGGUUGUCGUGGAUCAAGAAGUGGUGGCAGACUAUACAACUCUGGGACGUGAUAUGGGAUCAUGAUCAGUUGUGCUCAUGUGGGUGCUUUGAUGUUGCUGGGCACAGCUCUCUGAAUUCUCUCCAUGCUCACAUCUCUGGUUUCGAGGACAAUCGUGCUUUUCUGCAGCUUUCUAUGUCGCUAUCUGACACCCGCAACUUCUCAUUCAUACUUGCUUCCAACCACGCGACUUUCUCACGCGAUCUCAUACCACAAUAUCAGCCUUUGCACACCACAAUGCCCUUCGCUGACUUCUUAAAGCCUCGCCGCUCUGGCCUACUUGCACUGCUCAGAUGCAUCGACGAAGGAGAUCGCGAUGAGCUCCACUACAUAAGUUACGAUAUCAUGUCUGACACGCGCAAUGCAUCUCUACCGAUUUACGAUCUUAGCUGCUCUGCUGCCGUCAUGGGUCUAUGCCAUGCUAACUGGUUGCAAGCUGAGGGAAGUCGUCUUCUUACUGCUCACGCUUGUGUGUUGCAACGCGCUGCUGCAGCUACCCUCAACCCAAACGCCAUCGACAACAUUGAUGAAGAGCUUCGUGGCCUUUUGCUGUCACGCCUGAACGCAAAGCAAGUGUCGUCUGCUCCGCCCACCGGCUUGUUGAAGGUGGCUCCAAAGGCGCCGGGAGCGAAGGCGCCUAUUCCUGGAUUUUACAGCGGUCCGAUUGCCGAUGUGUCUGAGAUGAGACAGCUGUAUCGUGACCUCGGAUAUGCUCACAAGAUUGAAGAAUUCGAUACAUACCCUGAGAGAGUCAUGGACCACGCUACCUUGAGAAAGGCUUGGGAAGAGAGAGCUCGCAAGUUGGGUCUGAUUGGCUACCUCCUGGUCGAUAUGGAGACUUUCAGCAGAGAUUUCUCUCCCUACUACAACGUCAGGUCUGAAGAUACCGUCUCGAAGGUCAUCGUCGCGGUCGAUCCUAAGGGUAUUUCAAAUGUUGUUGACGCCAACAUCAUCAGCGGCUCUAGCGCGACAACCAACAAUCAGCAGACCACCGAGACUACCGCAAGUGGUGGACAGCAAACUCAGGCAGCCAACGACGCCGAAGCAGAAGCUCUCGAGCGCAAAAGAGCCAAGAACCGCAAGAAGAACCAGAACAGAAAAGCCAACAAGAAGGCUCAGAAAGCUGAGCAACAAGAGGGAAGAGCCGCCAACUCAAACAUUGCAGGCCGCCUGGCUGAGAAUUUCACCCUCAAAUCAAGUGAUACUUUUGUCAACGAUAGUGGCUUGAUUGAAGGUGUCAAUGCAUGGACCAUUCAAAGUUGGGUUCGCAAGUCUGAUGACGAGAAGGAAAGCAAACAAGUUUGCUGCGCGGCAGACUUGAGCUCAGAGUUUCUCAAUCGUUCCAUCGAAUUGAACAUGGAAGAGAAAGAAGACUUGGACCUUGAUCUCAUGAUAGUCAUCAUCGACGACCUCGACAAGACAUACACAGAAUUUCCAGAAUUGCCCAUGGCUGCCACUCAUUCACCAGCGCCGUCCAAAGGAAAAAUCGCCAGAGAAUGCUUUGAGAUGCUCUAG